AUGGGAAAACCAACUACUUUGACCAAUUUUUCUGGGAUUUUUUUUCUCCUUUUUCUUUUUCUUCUUCAUGUCUCUGCUUUGUUAGCAUCCCCAACACCAGAAUCAGUGUAUGGCCCUUUCCUCAAGUGCCUAACAAACUACACAAAACUUUCAGACCAAAUACUCUUUGCUCAAACCAACCCUUCCUUUUCCUCUCUUCUCCAAGCCUAUAUUCGUAAUGCAAGAUUCAACACCACCACAACUCCAAAACCCUUAAUUAUUGUCACUCCCUUGGAACACUCUCACGUUCAGGGUGCUGUGAUUUGCACCAAAAGCAUUGGGAUUCAACUCAAAAUCAGAAGUGGUGGCCAUGACUUUGAGGGUAUCUCAUAUGUCUCCAAUCAACCCUUCAUUAUCCUUGACAUGUUCCAUCUCCGGAAUAUCAGUGUGGAUAUACAAAGCGAGGUUGCUGUGGUUCAAGCUGGUGCCACGCUUGGAGAGGUUUAUUACAGGAUUUGGGAGAAGAGUAAAGUUCAUGGCUUUCCUUCAGGGGUGUGUCCUACUGUUGGUGUUGGUGGACAUUUAAGUGGAGGAGGGUAUGGUAAUAUGAUGAGAAAAUAUGGGCUAUCUAUUGAUAAUGUUAUUGAUGCUCAAAUUGUUGAUGUCAAUGGUAGGAUUCUUAAUAGGGAAUCUAUGGGGGAAGAGCUUUUCUGGGCCAUUAGAGGAGGGGGAGGAGCAAGUUUUGGUGUCAUAUUAUCUUACACAGUUAAGCUAGUUCAAGUACCAGAAAAGGUUACUGUUUUUCAGGUUGCAAAGGCUUUGGAAGAGAAUGCCACUGAGCUUGUCUUGCAGUGGCAACAGGUUGCUCCACAUACUGAUGAUAGGCUUUUCAUGAGGCUGCUCUUGCAGCCUGUGAGUUCUAAGGUUGUGAAGGGGCAGAAAACCAUUAGAGCCACUGUUAUGGCUUUGUUUCUUGGAGGGGCUGAUGAAGUUGUCACACUGUUGGGGAAGGAGUUUCCUGCUCUUGGUUUGAAUAAGGGAAAUUGUUCUGAAAUGAGUUGGAUUGAUUCUGUGCUUUGGUGGGGUAAUUUUGACAAUGAUACAAAACCAGAUGCCCUUCUUGAGAGGAAUAUCAACAAUGCAAGUUUCCUCAAGAGGAAAUCUGAUUAUGUGCAGAAGCCAAUUUCAAAAGAUGGGUUGGAAGGGAUAUGGAAGAAGAUGAUUGAGUUGAGAAAGACAGGAUUUGUUUUCAAUCCUUAUGGAGGAAAAAUGAGUGAGAUUCCAUCUGAUGUUACUGCAUUUCCUCACCGUGCAGGGAAUCUGUUCAAGAUUCAGUACUCGGUGAAUUGGGACGAACCAGGAGAAGCAUUUGAAAAUAAUUUUACAAGUCAGGCUAGAAGGCUGUAUAGUUACAUGACCCCAUUUGUGUCCAGUAAUCCAAGAAGUGCCUUCUUAAAUUACAGGGACCUUGAUAUUGGUACCAACAAUUUUGGAAAGAAUAGCUAUGAAGAAGGAGUUGUUUAUGGAGUCAAGUACUUCAAUGACAAUUUUGAGAGGUUGGUCAAGAUCAAGACUGAAGUUGAUCCAGAAAACUUUUUCAGGAAUGAACAGAGUGUUCCAACUCAUCCAGGAUUGGACACUGGUGCCAGUAAAUCUGGUGCUGGCAAAUUGUUAUACUCCAGCCUAUAUAGGGAACUGAUGGUAAAGAUGGUAUGGUUGCUUAUCCUUGAAUUGUUCACAAGAUUAUUGUAAUCAUACAU